UUCUUCCACCUUCCAAGAUAUUUCCUCUUUCUCUUUUCAAUUCUUUGCUUCUUUCCUGUUUAAAAAAACAAUAAACAAUUUCAAUGACAGUGCAUGUCUAUUUCAUGCUUUCCUUCCCCCAUUUGUUGAAACUCGAAACCUUCUUGACCCAAAUCCCACCUUCAAAACCUCUUUUUUCCCACCAUUUCUACCCACGUUUGCCUUACCCUUUUCUCACAAUCUCUUAAAAAGCCUUUUUUUUUUUUUUUUCUGAUCAAGAAGUUGGGUUUAUGACUCGAUAACCAAACACCUUCACCCGUAUUAAUACCAUUUCUGUCUGAUCCAACGAACGUUUUUAAAGCUCUGAAGAGUUUUUAACAAGAAAACCAAAAAUGAAUAAUCUAUUUUCAGGCUCUUUCUCUCGCUUCCGAGGCGAAGAAGCGUCUCCUGAUCACCACGUAAUCGAGAUGACACAAUCCUCCUCCACCUCCGGCGGUGUCAACCUCGACAAGUUCUUUGAAGAUGUCGAGUCCAUCAAAGACGAGCUCAAGGAACUGGAGAGGCUGAACGACAACCUCUCGUCAUCUCACGAGCAAAGCAAGACGUUACACAACGCGAAAGCCGUGAAAGAAUUGAGAGCAAGGAUGGAUUCUGACGUAGCCAUGGCUUUGAAAAAGGCCAAGCUUAUUAAGGUUAGGCUGGAAGCGCUUGACCGUUCCAACGCGGCCAACAGGAGCUUGCCUGGGUGUGGACCUGGGUCUUCUUCGGACCGGACGAGGACGUCUGUCGUCAACGGGUUGAGAAAGAAAUUGAAGGAUUCUAUGGAAAGUUUUAAUGGGUUGAGAGAAAAGAUCUCGUCUGAGUACAGAGAAACUGUUCAGAGAAGGUAUUUCACGGUUACUGGAGAAAACCCAGAUGAGAGGACUCUUGAUCUUUUGAUUUCGACAGGAGAGAGUGAGACUUUUUUGCAAAAAGCCAUUCAAGAACAAGGGAGGGGAAGAAUUUUGGACACAAUCAAUGAGAUUCAAGAAAGGCAUGAUGCUGUUAAGGAUUUGGAGAAGAAUCUCAAGGAGUUGCACCAAGUUUUCUUGGACAUGGCAGUGCUGGUUCAGGCUCAAGGUGAGCAAUUGGAUGAUAUUGAGAGCCAAGUGAACAGAGCUAAUUCAUUUGUGAGAGGUGGAACUGAGCGGCUGCAAACAGCUAGGAAUUACCAGAAAAAUACCAGGAAAUGGACUUGUUAUGCUAUCAUACUUUUGCUGGUGAUCAUCUUGUUUGUGGUGUUAUUCACUGUGAGACCAUGGGAAAACAAUGGUGGCGGCGGCAGCGGUGGCAGCAACAGUCCUUCUCAAGCUACACCUCCACCUCCACCUACUGCCUAACCAUAGGUUGCUGUGAUUAGGCAUAGAUCAGUGUUAGCUAUGCUAUGCUGUACUCUUGUUUGAGAUCUGAAUUUUUGCAUUUUCCUUUUUGUGGAUUUGUUUAAUGAAUCUAUCAAGAGAAGAAAGUUUGAUGGACUGAGACAUUUGGUUGAAUGGCAUUGAAGCUUUCCUCUGCAUUAUUUGUUGUUUAUUGGAAAGCAGGGGAUAGGGCUGGAUUGGGAAAGGAAUGCCACCAUUUCUUUUCAAAAUUCAGAUAAACUUUCUUGGGGAGACAGUACCAUUUUGAUUAUUGAUUCUUUCCUGUAACUAAUAUUUUUGUUCUAGUUCUUUCCUGUUUUCAUGGUUGCUACAGAUACAGUUUAUUCAAACAUGUUCCAGUAGAUAUGUAUCAUCUUAUUAUUCUAUAGUUUAUAAAUAAAAUUUAGUUCUUGGAUCAUA